AACAGUCAUCAGCUAUGAUGUUGAAUACAGACAACACAUGGAAGAUGACACUAAGAGCAAACCAUGGGAGUGUGUAAAAGCCACAACGAGGGAGUGCACUUUGGAAGGACUGAAGACGAGUACCACCUACAGCAUCCGUGUUUUGGCGAAUACAGGGAAACCAGGAAAGAGUCUGCCAAGCCCUGAAAGUAAUAUUUCUACAUUAGCACCUGACACCAAGCUCCCAAAAAAGAAAUCGGCACAGGGCAAGAGUGAAAAUUUUAUGCAACCAUCGAAUCGUCUGGAAAAGGGCAACCCAUCUGUAUAUCAGCUAGAGUUAGAAAGGAAAUAUGGAGAGAAUGUUGAUUUCUUGCAAUACAUGUUUGGUAGGAAGGUGGAAGAUGUGCAAAACAAGGUCAUACUUCUUCUGGGAUCUAGUGGCGCAGGAAAAACAACUCUUGUCAACGUGAUGAUGAAUUACAUUCUGGGGGUUAAAUGGGAAGACCAGUACCGCUUCAAACUGAUCCAUGAAGUGACUAACCGGACACAAGCAGAAAGCCAGACAUCGCUGGUCACAUCCUAUGAGCUCUAUAACCAACCAGGUUUUCAGAUCCCAUACUCACUUACAAUUGUUGACACACCUGGGUUUGGAGACACCAGAGGAAUGGCGCAAGACAAACUGAUUACAGAACAAGUGAAACAUUUCCUGUGUAACCCUUUAGGGGUUGAUCACAUAGAUGCUGUAUGCUUUGUCGUUCAGGCAUCUCUCGCCCGCCUCAGUGCCAACCAGAAAUACAUCUUUGACUCGAUUCUGUCUAUUUUUGGAAAGGAUAUUGGCGAAAACAUCAUGGUUCUUGUAACAUUUGUUGACAGUGACAACAUUCCAGUUUUAGAGGCAAUUAAGGCUGCAGAGUUGCCAUGUCAGAAGAACAAGAAGGGCCAACCCACCCACUUUAAGUUUAACAACUCCACCUUAUAUGUGCAGAAAAAGGAAAUGGACGGAGGCACUGAGGAAGACAGUUCAGAUGAAGAUGAUGAUGAAGAGGAGGAGGAGAAAAUGAAGAGCAUUAUCUGGUCAACAACCUUCAAACAGAUGAAGUUGUUCUUCAAGGCCCUUGGUAGCACAGAGGGCAAAGAUCUCAAAAUGACAAGGAAAGUUCUUGAAGAACGUGAACGUCUUGAGAAUGCCACUGCAAGACUGACUCCUCAGAUCACAGCUGGGCUUGCCAAGCUCAGUGAGAUCAAAAACUUUAAACAAUGCCUGGAGAAUGAGAAUGAAAUGAUGGCUCAAAAUAAGGACUUUGAGACGGAAGUAGAGGUACUGACAGCCAAACGGAACAACGUGAACUUCUUUGCAAUGAACUGUAACAGUUGUCUGUUUACAUGUCAUUCUGGUUGUUUCCUUCCUAAAGGGGAUAAUCUCCUCACAUGUGCUGUGAUGGAUGACGAUGGGAACUGUGUGUUAUGCCCAAAUAACUGCUCUUCCUUUGAGCAUCUCAGAGAGCAAGCCUUGUGGACAUAUGAGACAAAGAUGGAGAAAAAGACCAUACAAGAGCUGAAGGAGAACUUCAUGAAAGCACAAGGAAAAUUCAUGGACACCAAGCAGAUGCUUGAGGAAUUGGAGAAUGAAUUUCAUGUGAUUGAGGAUAAACUGAUGUAUUUGAUCAAGCUAUCCUCUAACUGCAUGAAGAGACUCAAUGAGAUUGCACUGAAGCCAAGUUCUAUGUCAACCUUCGAUUACAUUGAAAUACUUAUCCGAACAGAGGAGGAGGAGAAAAAGCCUGGGUUUGAGGAUCGAAUCAUUGGGUUGAAGAAAAUGAAACAGGAAGCGGAAAUUCUACAUAAGAUUGCAAGAGGAGAAGAUGUACUGCCACAAGAGCGCCGCAUGGUUAAACACAAACUGCACAGAAUGAAGAAGACUGCAGAAAAGGUUAAAAAAAUGAAAGCAGUUCUAAAGAAUUGGCAAAAAGGAAAUGAAGAAUCUUAAUGGUCUCUUGGA